ACCAAGAUCAGCUAGGAUUCCCUUUCACAAAAUCAAGUCCAAUAUUUCAAAUCAGGCACUAAAAUAAUAUUUACUCUCAAUCAUAAACUGAAUCCCGACACAGCGUUUUGAUUUCUUUGCGCUAUCCAAUUGUAUCCAAAAGUUUCUCACUCUGCAGAUAGGAUUUGUAUUUUUCUUCGAGUCGCUUUUUAAUUAAUUUACAUUUCUUUAUUAUUUCUCAUUAAGGACAUUUGUUAUAGUUUCGAGGUUUGUUAGAAUAUAGGGAGAGAGCAUCACCAUCAUCACUGGAGGGGAAAGCGCUGUUUUAUGGAUAUUGGAUAACACAGACCUGCGGGUGUCUUCAAAGUUCGAUUUCAGACGUUCGGUUACCUUGUAUGACAGAAAAAAUGAAAUCUGCUGAAGAGGAUGCAUACAGCCACACCCCCAAUGUCAGUCUCUCCCAGGGCAACCCCUACCUGCCUUCCCAAUACCACAGUCUCCAGUCUGGUUCCACCAUCUCAGUCUCCAUCAGCCAGCCUCCCAGCUACGGCGCCCACAACGACAUGAGGACAGUGGGUUACUACUCGUCCCCUAGCAUCCGUCCAAAUGGGGCACCAGCCCUCGAGAGCCCUCGUAUUGAGAUCACAGCCUACGGGCAGUUUCCUGAGGACAAGGUUGAAGAGAGCAACAACCUUCCUGUGGCUAAACGGGUCAACUCCAUCGUGACCCUGACGUUGCCCAACGCAGAUGGCUACCGUGAUCCCAGCUGCCUCAGCCCGGCCAGCAGUGUGUCAUCACGCAGCUGUCACUCCGAGGCCUCGUCCUACGAGUCAGGCUUCUCCUAUAACUACGAAAAUUCACCCCAGAACUCGCCUUGGCAGUCGCCCUGCGUCUCACCUAGGGGCUCCUCCUCUCUCGCCCUUCCAGGUGAUGCUUGCGCCCAUGCGGGCUCCCCCCGUCACUCCCCCUCCACCUCCCCCAGCACCAGUGUCACGGACGACAGCUGGAUGGGCCAGCAGGGCUCCAGGCCCAACUCCCCUUGUGGUGGAAAGAGGAAAUACAGCUUCAACGGAACCGCAACCUACAAGUACCCCUACUCCCCCAACCACUCCCCCGGGCCGUCCCCUCACACCUCCCCACGCCUCAGCAUCACAGGUGAGUCUUGGAUGCCUAACAACACCAACCAGUACACCAACUCAGCCAUAGUUGCAGCCAUCAACGCUCUGACCACAGAUGGUGUGGCAGACCUGGUGGAGGGCAUCCCUCUAAAGGCCCGGAAGACUAGCCUGGAGCCUGGGGCAGUCAGCCUGAAGGUAGAGCCUGGAGGAGAGGAGCUCAGCCCAGCGGAGCUCUGUCAGGAUGAGUACCCCUCCUCCCGCCUGCCCUUUAAGAAGGAGAACUACUGUGGGGGAUUACUGGAUGUGCCACCGCACCCAUACUCAUGGUCCAAGCUAAAGCAAUAUGUCAGCCCAUCUCUGCCAGCCCUUGACUGGCAGCUGCCAUCCAGCUCGGGGCCGUACAGCCUGCAGAUCGAGGUGCAGCCCAAAUCUCACCACCGUGCCCACUACGAGACCGAAGGGAGCAGAGGGCCAGUCAAGGCUCUGGCAGGAGGACACCCUGUGGUGCAGCUCCACGGCUACAUGGAGAGUGAGCCCCUGACCCUGCAGCUGUUCAUUGGUACGGCAGACGACCGUCUCCUGCGGCCCCAUGCCUUCUACCAGGUCCACCGCAUCACCGGCAAGACCGUCUCCACUCCCAGCCAUGAGGCACUGCAGUCCAACACCAAGGUGCUGGAGAUUCCACUGCUGCCCGAGAACAACAUGCGUGCCAUAAUUGACUGCGCCGGCAUCCUGAAACUUCGCAACUCGGAUAUCGAGCUGCGGAAGGGUGAGACGGACAUCGGGCGUAAGAACACACGUGUGAGGAUGGUGUUCCGGGUUCACUUCAACCAGCCCACAGGAAGGACAUUGUCCCUGCAGGCUGCAUCCAACCCCAUAGAAUGCUCCCAGAGAUCAGCCCAGGAGCUGCCCCUGGUGGAUAAGCAGACCUUAGAGACAUGCCCUGCUGCUGGGGGAGAGAGGAUGCUCCUCAGUGGACACAACUUCCAGUACGACUCCAAGGUGGUGUUCGUGGAGAAAGCCCAAGAUGGCCAUCACCUAUGGGAGACAGAGGCCAAGGUUGAUAAGGACUCCUCCAAGUCUACAUCUCUUCUCAUUGAAAUCCCUCCUUAUCGGAACCAGAGGAUAUCCAAUCCUGUUCAAGUGAACUACUAUGUGUGCAAUGGCAAGAGGAAAAGGAGCCAGUACCAGCACUUCACCUACAUGUCUGCCAAUGUUCCAAUGAUAAAAACGGAGCCGAAUGAUGACUACAACCCCCCUCAGGUGUGUCCCCAGCGUGGCCCUGGCCUGGUGCUUCACCCCAAGCCCUACUACACCCCCCCACAGGUCAUGACCUCCAUUAUACCCACAGAACUCCGGCCGUGUGUGGGGGACGCCUACUCUACUUGCCAACAGAGACUGGGAGGGAAGCCUUCCUCACUGUCCUCCUCAUCCUCCCCCAGCACCAGUCCCAAACUGCAUGACCUAUCACCCACCACGCCCUUCUCCAAGUGCCUGUCAGCAGACCCAUCCCACUCUCCGAUCCCACAUGUCUCCAUCAUCCAGGAGACUCCUGGAUGCUACCAGCCGCAAUCUGUCCUCUACCCGCCCAGUAGUGCCUCGUCCUCCCCAGGCUCGCAGCCCUCCACCCCUGGCACCAGCGGCCUGGAAGCCCCGUUCUCCCCCACGCCGCCCCAGCCCAUCAGUGGCAGCUCCAGCCCAGUGUCCCAACAGCUCCCCAAAGUGCCAGAGAGAGGCGGCCGCUCCUUGAGCCCCACGCUGGCCAUUAACAUCAAACAGGAGCCACAGGAACUGGACCAGAUGUACCUAGAUGAUGUUAAUGAGAUCAUCAGGAAUGACCUCUCAAGCAUCUCUGUCCACAGUCAUGCGUAGCACCACUUUCAUCAUGGACACAGGAGGACUGAGGCAGAAGAAAGAGGGAAAUACCAUACCAAUGAUUUUUACAACGUCUGCAUGCUUGGACUACAGCAUGCAGGAAGCCCAAAAAACAACCAAGGGGAACAGAGAUUCAGCAUCAUGAAGAUUAGAAUCCAAUGUGUGCCUUUCACAAGAUGCCGUUUCAGAAGAUUCGCCAAUGUACAGAAUUAAAUGGCUGAUCUCUCAGAAAAUAAAUACAGGCAUAUUAUGUUGCACCGCCCCUUCCAGCCUUAACCCCAGGAAGUAUGCUUUUUAGUGGACCAAGGAUUUAUUUAUUUUUUACUUCUGUCUGCAGAUAUUGUAAAUGAUUCAGUGCCUAAGUGACCGUUUUGUGUACAGUGCUUCAGAUUGUUUUGUGUAUCUGGCAUUACAACUAGAUGAUUUCAACCAAAAUAAGUGCCUUUGACUGGAAAUAGGGAAAGCUAACCAAAUUUGAGGAAUUUUAAAUUCAUGAUGGGUUAAAGGGUGACUGCACUUCCUGAUUUGGCCUUGUUUUUCAUCAGUGCUCAUUAAGAAAUGCUAGUGGAAUCACAACAAACAAGCUAGCUUUGCUAUGGAGAGAACAACGUUUUGAAGUUGAGGACUUCUCCCCUCCUGACUGACUCGCCAUCUCAAGAUGGUCAGCUAAUUAAUUCAGUUCUAUGUGUUUAGUGAAGCUGACAUGAGGUAGCUAGCAUAGCUUGGUGAUAGCUUGCUAUCCUGUCUAGCUGAUAUUUCUCUGUCAAAUCAGUUAUGGCAAGAUAGCAAGCACCAGUGUCUGGAAUGUGUUUCAUAAGACACGUUCUACAACACCUUGCUACGAAAGUAGCUUGCAACUUAGUUUCAGCGUUUCAUCAAGUCAUGUAAUACAUGUUACUGUGGAAAUGGUUUCAAAUGCGAGUUGAAUGCUGGGUCUUAAGUCAGCUCAGCUGUCCACCAACACAAUAUUCUAUAACUGGCUAGUUUUGUCUCAUCUCUCCUUAUGUCUGCUGUUACAUCUUUCCCGGGGGGACAAAUCCCAGAACUACUAAUAUCCCUACAACAGGUGUAGCCUAGGCUACAUUGCAGGAACAUAGCCCAGCUUGAGUGUAGAUACAUUUAUCAACAAAAAAAUUGAUGAGUGUGUUCGUGUUACAAAGACAAAGCAUUUUAUAAUGUAAAUAUGUUCAACAGGAAAGUGAGCCUGUCGGGGAGCUAGUAGCCUUAAUUCUUGCACAGAAUCCAGCCUAGAUGACGGGAUGCAACUUUCCAAACUUUUUACCGCUUUCUUUCUCUGGCCUCCAUUGAUUUAGUCAUCCUAAUUCUGGCCAUCCUACAACGAUAAAAACACCAAUAACCUUUGAACGGAAUAUGAUAGAGACAUGCGGUUUGGACCAUUGGUUUUCUUAAGAGGAAUAGCUACACAAUUAACAUUAGUCAAAUUAUAUAAUUUUGAUUGCACACCCUAUGUAUACGCUAGCUAGUACUAUCUACUUAGCUAACGUACUCACCAACCAGUGGUUUGACGGUUGACAGGCAGCAGAAGUGACUGUGUCGGGUACAAUCUAUUCCUGGCAAUCUGGCAAUAUUGUUGAAAUGCACUGGGAGUUUGCAGCAACUUUAUGGAAGCACAUUUUCACUCCAGUUUGCUGAGCGAAAUGUGCGUGCGUUGCAUCCAUAUGCAGACUUGACAUCAAAUGUCCACAUGCCAGCUGGGGGCAGACCACAACGUGUUGUCUCUAGGCAAUUGGGCAUCAUUGGCAAAAGUGGGCAUGUAAGUAAUCCAUACCCAACCCUCCAGUAAGUCGUGACGAACUCACUUAUAAAACUCUGUUUUGGACGAGACUGACUUUAUGAUCAAAAUCAUUCUAUUUACACUUUGUAGUCAAUUUUGACACUAGAAUGAAUGUUUCUGACUCAUAUUAAUGCCACAAAGGCCGUUUAAAACCACAGAAGUUGGUUCUAAGGGGCAGUUGACCUUUAAGCACUUGUUCACACUCACCAAUGAUAGCUUUACCUGCAUGUUCAAUUUUACUUUUGAUCUGUUGUUUUGUACAGCUUUGUACAAGGACUGAGAAAUGGCAUCAACAUUGAGUCCUUGAGUACAGUGAGUUAAAAGCACAUGCCUUAUAAAAGACAGAGACCUCAAUCUGUUCAGGUAUACAUUUAUUUUAAGUAAAUAAAACUAGGGCAAUGUGUUGGCUAUGUUGUCAAGAGGAUUUUGAAGAUAUUCAACCAAGCUAGUGCCUUUUGGAAAGCCAAAAUGUUAUCUCAAGUACCAGUGCUGCCUCUGUCCUGUUGGGACAAUGCAAUGUUUGCAUUUCAUAUGCUUGAUUAGCCAAAGGUCAGCUUGUGAUAGUAACACUGUUGCUUACUUGCCAAUGCUUGACAUGCUUAUGCUUCAUAUGGUUGCCAUAUGCUAACUCAAAUGUAUUGCCUUUACAUAGUUGUUACAUAGUUGUGUAGUUCUUGUCUACAAGAUACUGAGGGAAAGAAUUAUGCUUGAAAAAAUAAGUAAAUGGGAAAGAGCACAUACAGCAGGAUUUCUCCACACUAAUCAUGCCAUCCCUGAAAUUCAGUUUUGUUAUGUUUGUUUCGCUUGUACAGACAUUGGGGGAAUCUGGUAAUACAUAGCAAUCAUUCUUUCAUUCAUAUGAAAGGAAGAAAUCAUCUCACUUUGGUUAAAUUGUCAAUUAGAAAAUAAUACCUGGAGACCUAUGCAAUAUGCAGGUAUAGCGUUUGUCUCUCAAAUAAUGUAUGCAUUUAAGAUUGUAAUAGAAAAAGGUGUGUCUCUUCUGUACAUUUAUUAUUUCAUUUAAUCCAAAGAAUAGGUAAUGAUGGUGAAAAGCAAUAUUCUCACGUAGGAGAACAAAAACAUUUAAGUGUUUCUACAAGUAUUUAUUCUUAUAGCAUGCACUCUGUUUAUUCAAGUGUUUCAUGUAGCUCCUCAUAUUACCAAAUGGUUAACUAUACAGUGAGGGAAAAAAGUAUUUGAUCCUGCUGAUUUUGUACAUUUGUCCACUGACAAAGACAUGAUCAG